AUGCAGUGCCUGGGGCUCCAGGGCCGGCGCCGCAGCCGCAGCCGCUCCCGGGAGCUCUUCCUGCAGGAGCAGAGCCGCCGGGUGGCGGCGCUGAACGGGCAGAGGCUGGGCCUGCAGGAUGACCGUGACCUACAGGCGCUGCUCAAGGGUGGGCAGCUGCUGAAGGUCAAAUCGGGCUCCUGGCGGCGAGAGCGCUUCUACAAGCUGCAAGAGGACUGCAAGACCAUCUGGCAGGAGUCGAGGAAGGUCAUGCGGACGCCUGAGUCCCAGCUCUUCUCCAUUGAGGACAUCCAGGAGGUGCGCAUGGGACACCGCACCGAGGGCCUGGAGAAGUUCGCCCGCGACAUCCCAGAUGAUCGCUGCUUCUCCAUCGUCUUCAAGGACCAGCGCAGCACGCUGGACCUCAUCGCCCCCUCCCCGGCCGAUGCCCAGCACUGGGUACAGGGGUUACGGAAGGUCAUUCACCACUCGGGCGCCAUGGACCAGAGGCAGAAGCUACAGCACUGGAUCCAUUCCUGCUUGCGGAAAGCGGACAAGAACAAGGACAACAAGAUGAGCUUCAAGGAGCUGCAGAACUUUCUGAAGGAACUGAACAUUCAAGUGGACGACAACUACGCCCGCAAAAUCUUCAGGGAAUGUGACCACUCUCAGACCGACUCCCUGGAGGAUGAGGAGAUCGAGGCCUUCUACAGGAUGCUCACCCAGAGGGAGGAGAUCGACUGCACCUUUGCCCUGGCUGCCGGGUCCGGAGACACGCUGUCUGUGGACCAGCUGGUGGCCUUCCUAAGACACCAGCAGCGGGAAGAGGCAGCGGGCCCAGCACUGGCUCUGUCUCUCAUCGAGCGUUACGAGCCCAGUGAGACAGCCAAAGCCCGCCGGCAGAUGACCAAGGACGGCUUCCUCAUGUACCUGCUGUCUGCGGAUGGCAGCGCCUUCAGCCUGGCACACCGGCGCGUCUACCAGGACAUGGGGCAGCCACUCAGCCACUACCUCGUGUCAUCCUCGCACAACACCUACCUGCUGGAGGACCAGCUGACUGGGCCCAGCAGCACCGAGGCCUACAUCCGGGCUCUGUGCAAGGGCUGCCGGUGUCUGGAGCUGGAUUGUUGGGAUGGGCCAGGCCAGGAGCCGGUCAUCUACCAUGGCUACACCUUCACCUCCAAGAUCCUCCUGAGCGAUGCGCUGCGGGCCAUCCGGGACUACGCCUUCAAGGUGUCCCCGUACCCCGUCAUCCUGUCCCUGGAGAACCACUGCAGCCUGGAGCAGCAGCGUGUGAUGGCCCGGCACCUGCGGGCCAUCCUGGGGCCCAUGCUGCUGGACAAGCCACUGGAUGGGGUGACCACCAGCCUGCCCUCGCCCGAGCAAUUGAAGGGGAAGAUCCUGCUGAAGGGGAAGAAGGUCGGGGGGCUGCUGGCCCCAGGAGGGACGAGUGGCUCGGAGGUGGCAGAUGUAUCGGACGAAGAUGAGGCCGCGGAGAUGGACGACGAGGCCGUGAGGAGCCGCGUACAACGUAAGCCCAAGGAAGAUAAGGUCAGGCUGGCUCCAGAACUUUCUGACAUGGUCAUCUACUGCAAGAGUGUCCAUUUUUCGGGCUUUGCCAACCCCGGGACCAAUGGGCAGGCGUUUUAUGAGAUGGCCUCAUUCUCGGAGAACCGCGCCCUGCGCUUGCUCCAGGAGUCGGGCAAUGGCUUCGUCCGCCACAAUGUGGACCACCUGAGCAGAAUCUACCCUGCCGGCUGGAGGACGGAUUCCUCCAACUACAGCCCGGUGGAGAUGUGGAACGGGGGGUGCCAGAUAGUGGCCCUGAACUUCCAGACGCCUGGGCCAGAGAUGGAUGUCUACCAGGGCCGUUUCCAGGACAACGGGGCCUGCGGGUAUGUGCUGAAGCCUGCUUUCCUGCGGGACCCCAGCACCACCUUCAACUCCCGCGCCCUGACUCAGGGGCCUUGGUGGGCCCCGAAGCGGCUGAACAUCAGGGUUAUUUCUGGACAACAGCUACCAAAAGUCAAUAAGAACAAGAAUUCCAUCGUGGACCCCAAGGUGACGGUGGAGAUACACGGCGUGGGCCGGGACAUGAGCAGUCGCCACACGGCUGUGGUCACCAACAAUGGCUUCAACCCCUGGUGGGACACGGAGUUCGAGUUUGAAGUGGCAGUGCCAGAGCUCGCCCUGGUGCGGUUUGUUGUUGAGGAUUACGAUGCCUCCUCGAAGAACGACUUCAUUGGCCAGAGCACCAUCCCCUGGGGCAGCCUCAAGCAGGGCUACCGUCAUGUCCAUCUCUUGUCUAAAAAUGGGGAUCAGUAUCCAUCAGCCACGCUCUUUGUGAAGAUCUGCAUCCAGGACUAGAGUUGGGGACUUGGGGUUUGCCCUGAUUGGACCAGGCCUUGUAUCUGUAGUUAGG